AUGCGAUAUUCUCUGCACGAAUGCGGGCCUUGGACGCUAGGUCGCUCUGAGCAAUAUUUCUACAUCUGGGAGACAAAUGUGGACUCCGUGCGAACGGACCGGGACAUCAACAACAGUGGUGCUACGAGUUCCGUGUCAUGGGGUACCGUCCAGCGUGCUAUCGAAAACUACCGACAAUACACUGCCAGCGUUUCUGCGUUUGACACAACCCUCACGAUCUAUCCGGAUAUGGAUAAUCUCUUUGUAGGCAACGCUGCCUCAGUGUCUGGCGUCACCGUCAUUGCAAAUUACGGCCCUGAUGGGCAAGACAGCUUCGGGUCGUCGCUUACCAGCCCUCAGACGGUAACGGCGAAAUGGGAAGAUCUUGGAAUCCAAGGAUCAUCCAAGUCUUCGAUGUGUGGGCUGGGGAAGAAGACUCGAGUCAAAGGUGCAGCUCCGGGAAGGCCAAAGUGUUUUAUCUCAAUACAACCCUCUGAGCCUCUUGUCCAUUUAUACGAGACGCCGGUGCACCGCGAGGACAGCACCACGACUACACGAGAAGCCCGGCUCAAGCUGUCGAAGGAGUGGCGUGUGGAAACUGCGUUCGACAUGAGCGAGCCGAAGGAAAUGCCGCCGGACUUGGAAGGGUGA